CCGUUCCAAAAGAACUCGGUUGGUGGCGCUUCGCGUUUCGGUCACGGACCAAUUCUGCAGCGGCUGGCAAAUUCUGCCCCGACUCUCGGCUGCUUGUAGUACUUCCAACACCGUUCGGUCAACUCCUCUCGCCCCGGCCCUUCUUUCAGUUUAAUUCAAGUCGUCGGCAUGGCGGCAGCAGUCGGCCCAGCCUCGAUUCGCACGACCGCCUCUCGCUUUGCAUUGCUGAGGGUGGAGGGCGAUUCGUCCGACUCCGAUUCGGACCCCGGGCGGAUUAACGGCAGUAAUCGAAUCGGGAAAGGCGGCCGCGUCGGAGCCGCUAAGAAAAACAACAACGCACAGUCCGGGGCCGCGGGCGGCGGCGGCAGCGGCAGCAGCAAUGAGAAAAAGAAACAGAAAAGGAGGAAGAAGAAAGAGCAGCAGCAAAGCGAAGCGAAUGAGCUACGAAGUCUGGCUUUUGGAAAAAGUAUAUCAAAGUCUUGUUCUACCGGCGUAGUUGGAGUGAAUGCUGGGUCUUGUCAGUCAGAACAAUUCCUGAACUGGCAGAAUCCACCAGCGGCAGAGGGGGAGAAGUGGGAGCAGUGGAGAGAGAAGGAUGAACAGCUGACCAACAAAUUAUAUGAAGCAGAUCUCCAGAAGGCUUUGCUGAUUAGCAAGUUGGAGUACGAGGAGCAUAAAAGUUGUUUAGAUGCAGAUAAUACUUCUCCUAAAACAAAAGGACCAAGUAGAAAGGAGAAACGAAAACAUCUUCAGGGAAAAGAUAAACCAGCCACAGUUUCAUUGAAAGAUUUUCAGACUGACGGAAGUACAGAUCAGACAAAUAGGAAGUCUGAGGAGCCAACAUCUUUACAUGCAGCAACAGAAGAGGAUAGCUUCUUUAUUAAACUAGAAGAAGCUGCAAGUAAAAUACUAUCAAUGGAGAGGAGAAAGCAGUUAUCAAGUACCAAUGGAUUGGACAGUAUUUCACAAGAGAGCCAAGAGGUUACUUCCAGUAAUGCAAUAACCGAACAUUUAAAAGAUCAACUGGAAAAGAAAGAACUCAAAAUUCUUCAGUUGAAACAAAUAGUUGCUGAGUGGGAAACAAAAUAUAAAGAAGUGAAGGCUAGAAAUGCUCAGCUUUUGAAGAUGCUGCAAGAAGGUGAAAUGAAGGAUAAAGCAGAUAUACUUUUGCAAGUUGACGAACUCCUGAGUAUUAAGAAUGAAUUAACUUUACAGACUUCUUCCCUGCAAAUCUUGGUGCUGUUAGUGACGAGCAUGGUGAAAGGUUUUACCAGGACAUUGCGGUCAUGGAAAAAAGAUACCAGGGGAACUGGAAUCCAUCAAUGCUGGCGAAUUAUUGUUGGACUUAAGCGAGAAGCCUCAGACACUGAGUACAAAUGAAAAUCAUUAACAAAAUAUUUUUAACUUAGUUGAACUAUUGCAAAGCAUCAGUACCAUUAUGCAAUUAAACACAUUAUAUUCAAU